AUGUCUGCAAAAGACGAAGAAAAAGUUACUUUAUGGAAAAGAGUCCAAAGCUUUUUUGAGAAGCAAAGGUAAGAAGUAAAAUAAGGGUGGCAGUAUAGUAGAGAUUUAUACUAGGGGACGUUCCAUUUUUUUAUCCGCACCCCUCCCCCGCUCCUGAGGAUGAUGGGGUUCGGAUUUUAUCUUCAAAAUAAAAGCAAAGCAAAAUUUUGACCCUUCAGACAAAUUUUUCAAAUGUGCUGACAAAGAACGAACCCUUCGGAUUUCAUUUUUGAAAUGGAGCUAACAAAAAUUUGAGCCUGCAUAGCAGCUGCUUGACAGGAAAAUGGCCUUUUGGUGCAAGAAAUAAUAGGGUGUGUCACUUGAGUAUGGGUGGAAGAAAGAAUGGGGCAUAUGACAAGAAAGGGAGUGGUACCCCUCUCCCUCGCAUGCUCUAUUCUAUCUUGUGCCUAUAUUCCCUUUAAGUACCUGUUAUACAGGCUAAGAGUUGACCAUAUUGAACACAUUUUAAAAUGUGACAGACCAGCUUUUCUUAUUAACAAGAUUUUUUUGUUCUCGUUAGGGAAGGGUUUAAGCAGAGUACAGAGGAUGAAAGAGAGAAUGGUUGGGACAGAAUUAAGGCAUUAUUUGACGUGAGGUCAGUGUUGUCUGUACGAAAAAAAUUACAGUAUCUACUUUCUUUUUUCAGGCAAGGGUUGGGGGUGGUGGGUAAUGUUCAAGUGGGAUGCUUAAGACAGAGGUGAAAACUUAAUCAUAGUGAGCAUAAAUUAUCUAGAAUGGGGAAAUUGCAUAGCCAUGAGAAGGAAGAGUAGGCAUUAGUAGAGGAUUUACAGCAUUAUACUUGUCCGGGCUGCUUCUAUAUUUGUAACUUUUGAUUCUAUCUGUGGGUGACAUCCUGCAUCCAUCCAGAGAAAUCUUUUCACAAAGUACUUCUGUUUUCAAACAUUUCACGUAAUAACUGUAUUUGGAAUUUUUAUUCAACUUUUACUUUAGCCACUUCUGGAAAACCAUUAUGAAUUAAAAGUUAUUUUUGUUAUUUAUAUCCAGUGAAGGGCCAAGAGAGGAAAUUCAGCAUAUCCCGAGUGUUGUUUGCUAUACAUCAGCAUUUGCCUUUUUGCUCGGUGGCCAGUUUGGCAAACGGAUUGCAGAUGACCAUUAUCGCCGACAUAAUCAGCUCACUGUGUAUCAGUCUGCAAUGCAUGCUCAAAGACAGUACCAAGCCUCGGUUGCCUUAGGCUUUGCAAAGUAUGGUGGCCGAUGGGGUUGGAGAGCUGGCGUCUUCUCGGGUAUUUACAGGUAAGUAAAACAAAAGAAAGUAAUGAAAGGAAAUAAUAAAGGUACUUUUUUGCUGAAAAUUUUGUAAAAGAGUUAUUUUCAUGAUGAAGUAUCAUAUUCACACUGCUUGUAUUCAGGUAAAGAAAAAAAUAAGAGAGAGAGUGAGAAAAUACAAGAAACUAUAGAGAACAAAAUAGUAUAGAUUAUAAUUAUAACUAAACAUAUACAAUUUUUAAAUCAGUGUGCAAUAGCCAAAUUAGCAAAGCUUUCCAAAGAUUCUUUUGACUGCUGCAUCUUAUUUUAUUGAUAACACUGAAGUUGCCACUUAUUGUUUAUCCAACCCUUUAUAUAUGAAUUUUCAGUUUCCUCCUUGUUGCAUGUGAGGCGUAUCGAAACAAAGAUGAUGCAUUGAACUACUUAGCCACUGGAGGUAAGGUUUUUCCAGACCUUAUUCUUUCCUUUUUCAUCAUUGCAAACAUGUACAAAGUUCACUCUAUUUCUCAGGGAAAAAGGGCACAAUACAGCGUCCUUAUUUAUAAUGUCCUUAGGGUGGUAACAUCAUUCAGACCUUUGCAAGUCCUUUUAAUAAGACCAAGAAUUCCGACCUCCAUAUAAACAAAUCAACCCAGUCCCCAAAUUGAUCUGGCUCAGGAUCAUUAUGACAAAAUAGUCUACUUUUUGGUGAUGAAAUGUGUGCAAAAAAGCUGCAGAAACCAUACUUUGAUCAUUUAAAUUUGUUGGGGAAAUAGGCUAAUUAAUUCCAAACUAAAGCACACGGAAGCUCAAAAGUUUAAAUUAAUUUUUAUCGAAGAGAUUCCCAGAUAAACCUGAAGUACUGGCAAAAUUAAGUGCCCCUACCACAUGUAAACUGCCUGCUGAAAAAUCUGUCUUCAUAGAGGCCAUUCUGGAGAGUUUUGUCCACAGUGAUUGUUGCUGAAAGAUUACCAUAACCAUGAACACACCUUGUGUGAUUCCUUUUUCAAUUUUAUUUGAUUUAAUGUAGCCUCAACUGGUGCCCUUUACAACAUAUUUUCUGGCUGGCGUAAAAUGUUGGUCGGAGUACUGGUAGGAGGAGGCCUGAGGUAAGAUGGAGGGCUGUUUUUCCCCUUGCAAGUGCUGGGUAUGCUGCACUUACAGUGCAAGGUUCUGCUCUAAGAAGAAUGGAAGAGUCCAGUGCUCAGCUGAACCUGUAGCCUGUGAGAGCAUCCGUUUUUUCCGGCUCAAGUUUCUAGUUUUUCUAGGCAGGUGAAACUAGAAACUUGAGCCAAAAAAACUGAAUGCUCUCGCAGGCUACACCUGGGAUGAUUUCUUUGAAAAAACUAAGAUUUUCUUGUUGUGCAGGAGCAAAACUGUAAGAUGCCAGGUGCCACCAGGCACUGUUAGAGCACAGCCCUGCGGUGCAGUUAUUUUGAAAGUUUUUUUUUUAUCCAAAAACUUAAGGAAACUUGUAUUGAUAAUUUAAUUUAUUGAUAUGUAACUCUCUUCAAGCAAAAAAAAACCCCGCUGUGAAGGACAUUUGGAAAUAAGAUCUUACCUCAGAAUUUUGCAAACUUAUUAGGUUUGAAUCUCUUUAGUAUUUUGUUGUUGUUUUGAGAGACUGUAUUGGCAGUUGUGUGAUUCAAUUUCCAGAUGCAUCAGUCUCAAUUCAUUAAAAAAAAGUUUGCUAUGCCUCAUAUUUUUUCCACCCACUUCCACUCUCUUUUGUAGAGGGCUGUUUGUGUCUCAGGGAAGCCAGCAAGAGGGAAAAGAAGGCAUUUUUUAUUUUAUUGGAAUAACCAGGAGUGAGCCGGCCCUUCCGCAGAGGAGAGACCCCACUUUUCAGUGCCAGCAUAUUGAUCAAACACUGUUGCUCUGUCAAUAACAUUACUUUUGACUUUUGAGUCUGAAUUAAGUAGGACCAGUUAAGUGUUCCUUUUCCCACCCAAAUUAAUAUUGUUCAGUUUGCAACUUAAUUUAAUUUAAUUUAGAAAUAUUUCUGAAUUGUUAGCUUGCCUGUUGGUUUAAUUGCACAAAUUGGAAGUGCAGUCUUACCAGAGGAAUAUAAACCAAAGAAAGUUCAGCAACAGUUUGACAAUAAAAGUGAAUGGUAUGUAUACGUUUUCCCUUUAAGAGCUAAUGAUAAAAAAUUGUAGUUUUUAAUGGUAUUCAUAACCAGUGAUUAAUGGUGAAAACUUAAGGGUUCUUAUUUUAAAGUUGAUAUCAGCAUGUUCUAUAAAGUUAUCUCUUGUAUGCAAACUUCACAGGGAACAGCGUUUGGAAGUAACCAGCACCUUUAUAGAAGCUAUGGAAAAAGAACUUAAUGAAGACAACAACUCCCAGAAUGACAAAAGAUAG